GCUUGCUCACAUCAUUAUUGAAUUAGCUAAAAAAACUAUUAAAACAGAGUCCAAUGGCGGAGGAUCAAGCAACGGCGGCGAUGGAAACAUUGGCGGUGGAGAAGCAGCCGGAGACGACAGUGGCUGAAGCACCGACAGUGACAAUAACAAAGAGGAUGAUGGUUGCUAUCGACGAGAGUGAUUCGAGCUUCUAUGCUCUUCAAUGGGUCAUUGACCAUUUCUCUAACCUCUUAAUGACCACUGAGGCGGCUCAAGCGGAAGGUGGCUUGCUCACGGUGGUUCAUGUGCAGUCUCCGUCCCAUCACUUUGCUGCUUUUCCGGCUGGACCCGGCGGCGCAACAGCAGUCUACGCAUCUUCGUCGAUGAUAGAGUCAGUGAAAAAAGCAGAACAGGAGGCCUCUGCAGCCCUUCUCUCGCGUGCACUCCAUAUGUGUCGAGCCAAGCAGAUACGUACUGAGACUAUGGUGCUUGAAGGCGACGCAAAAGACAUGAUUUGCCAGGCGGUUGAGCAAAUGCACGUUGAUCUUCUCGUUGUGGGUAGUCGUGGCCUUGGCAAGAUCAGAAGAGCGUUUAUUGGGAGCGUUAGCGACUACUGUGCUCAUCACGCCAACUGUCCCAUCCUUAUUGUGAAGCCACCAAAGGAGAUAAACUAAUUAAGUAUCAACAUGUUUGGUGUGAUGUCUUUAUAAAUUGUGUCAACUGUCAAGUACUUGCGUUAUGUUUGAAGAUAUUUAAACUUGGAUGGAUGCGAUAUUAAGUGUGUUGAAGAGUAAUGUCAAUUACAUGAAUCGAGUCGAAUAAUUACUGCAAUGUAUGAAUAAUUACUGCAAUGUGUUCAGUAUCUCUCCUUGUAAUAUCGAAGAAGCUUUAAGAUUAUAAUUACCAAAGUAACGUGCUCUGCACUUCCUUGUAGA